UUUAUCUACUUACGAUACGAUACAACCCUCCUUCUCUCUCUAAAACCCUCAUCAGAGUUUUUUCUCUCUAACAAAAAAAUGCAAAUGCAAGUGAUCUUCGUUCUCCUCAUUCUCUCUUUCUCCUUACAAUGCGUCCUCUCUGAUGUUGAUCCUGAUCCUGCUGUGAAGCCUGAAGAUGUAAACGAUGUCCUAAAUGCUUCUGAGUUCAACUCGUCUAGAUCUACCUUCGCUACCAUGAUCGAUAAAGCUCUCGAAAAGGAGUUCAACGAGACUGACGACAAGACAGAUGUAACUGAUCACAGAAGCUUCAACAAUAGCGUGGCGGAGCAAGAGGCAGUUUUGGAAACUGUUGCAAGGGUCAAGCCCAAGAAGAAUGAGACAAAGGAGGAAAAGUCAUUCCAGUUGCAUGAUGUUUUCCACUUGGAGAAUGACAAUGGAGCUGAAGAUACACCUACCUUGAUAGAUCGAAAGGAUAAUGUCUUCAUCAUGUCUAAUCGCAAGUCGAAGUUUCCAGUGCUGCAGCUAGACUUAAGAUUGAUAUCCGAUCUUGUUGUUGUCAUUGUUUCUGCAACUUGCGGUGGGAUUGCCUUUGCUUGUGCUGGACAACCGGUUUUCACAGGAUAUUUGCUAGCAGGAUCUGUAAUUGGACCUGGGGGUUUUAACUUUGUCAGCGAAAUGGUGCAGGUGGAAACAGUUGCUCAGUUUGGCGUUAUUUUUCUUCUGUUUGCAUUGGGUUUGGAGUUCUCCACGGCGAAGCUUCGCAUUGUUCGAGCUGUUGCGGUGCUAGGAGGGUUACUCCAAAUAUUUCUCUUUAUGUGUUUGUCUGGUAUAACAGCCUCGUUAUGCGGUGGGGAAGCAUCUGAAGGUGUUUUUGUCGGCGUUUUCUUAUCAAUGUCUUCGACAGCAGUGGUGUUGAAAUUUUUGAUGGAAAGAAAUAGUGUUAACACCCUCUAUGGACAAGUCACUAUUGGAACUCUUAUUCUGCAGGAUUGCACUGUUGGUUUGCUAUUUGCACUGCUUCCUAUUCUUGGCGGUACUUCUGGUGCACUUCAAGGAAUGUUUUCCAUGGCAAAAUUAUUGGUUGUUCUGGUCAUAUUCUUGACCAUUUUGUCAGUAUUAUGUCGCACCUGUGUACCUUGGUUUCUUAGGCUAAUGAUAGGCCUAUCUUCACAGACUAAUGAGCUGUAUCAACUUGCAUCUGUAGCUUUCUGCUUGCUUGUUGCUUGGUGUAGUGAUAAACUAGGAUUGAGUCUUGAGCUGGGUUCUUUUGCUGCCGGAGUAAUGAUAUCAACAACCGAUCUGGCUCAACAUACACUUGAACAGGUUGAACCUAUACGGAACUUCUUUGCUGCUCUUUUUCUAGCUAGCAUUGGAAUGCUUAUCCAUGUUCAUUUUCUUUGGAAUCACAUCGACAUCUUAGUAGCAGCUGUUAUAUUGGUCAUUGUUAUAAAAACUAUAGUAGUUGCGGCAGUUGUCAAGGGUUUUGGCUACACCAAUAAGGCUGCAAUUCUUGUUGGAAUGUCUCUGGCUCAAAUAGGAGAGUUUGCUUUUGUUCUUCUUAGCCGUGCUUCAAAUCUGCAUCUAAUUGAGGGUAAAGUGUAUAUGUUGCUUCUGGGCACUACUGCACUUAGCUUGGUGACCACGCCUUUGCUUUUCAAGCUAAUUCCUGCUGUUGUGCAUCUUGGAGUAUUACUGCGGUGGUUCUCGCCUGAAAUUCCAAAUGAGAUUGGACCCAAAGGAGAUAUCCUACGCGCAGACAGUUCUAAGCGCAUCAGUGUACUGAUCCAAGGAUCCCGUGAUUCAUGAUAGUUGCAUAAAAAAAAAGCAACAGCAAAAGAAAAUCACACAAGAGAGCAAAGGAGGUUGACUGAGUGGACAGUUUAUAAUCAUGAAGCUCUUAUGCACCAAUGCCGGGUAGUUUUCUUUGAUACAUCGGAGGAGUUGCACAAUAUAGAGCUGUUGACCUAUCUGCCAACAUUUUCUGGCAUUUAUUUUUUGAUACGUGAUUACUUGCCAAUUAGGUGCUACAUACGAUGAUGUCCAUCUGUAAUGCAAUUGUUUAUAUUCUCUAGUUUGAUGUUAGUGUUGGUUUUGUGGGGUAGUCUGUAAAUAGAUGAUGAACACAUGAAUGUAAGAAAUAUAGUUGUGUAUGGAACUGAUCCUGAUGUUCUCUGGUUGGUAGCCAGUGCAUAAAGUUGCAUGUACUCCCAACACCAGAACUCUAGAUGAUCAUAUUUGGCAUUACCUCCUUGAGAAUGAAUUUGCUAUUCUAACUAGCAAAGCUAAAGAAAGAACACAAAUGAAUUUUACAAAGUUUACUUUUAAGAGAUCCUUUCUACUAUAUUAUUUUC